UUCAGUUCUUCUCAGAUGUCCUUAAACAGUAUCUGGUAUAUCUUUCCAGCAAUCAACGGAUGGUUGCCAGAACGUCUGAGAAAUGACCUCAUAUGGAAUCGAACCGUCAACCUGCGAGGUGGGAUCGGUAACAACCUGGAGGCGGACCUUGUCAACGAAUUCCUAAAUCGAGAGUUUAAAGAGAGCAUUAGCUCGGUUGGAGCCAGAACGACUGCGGACACCCUGGAGAGGCACGGAAAGAUUGCCGGUGGCUUCUCCACAGAAGUUCAGGAGACUUACACCAACCUUGUCGAGAGUGGCGUCAAACAGUUCUCCGGGAAAAAAGAAAGAAUUCUGCCGGAAAGAGGACUUAAAAUCGCUCCGACGAACAAAAUCGGCGAGCGACAACCCUUGCGAAGGGCGGACAACGCAGGCGCCGGAAGUUCCCGGUUGGCAGGCUAUGGAAUCGCCGUCCCGAAGCAUGGUGCGGUCGUCUUUGGAAACAGCGAACAUGUCUACGGGAGCGGCUCCCCAGGUACCGGAAGUGUCCAGAAUCCGAUCCCGACAACAGCGACGUGA